AUGCAAUUAUUCGAAAGUAAUAAUAUUAGCAUUAGUUUCAAGCAAGCUAUUGAAUCAAACUACAAGUAUAUCAUUGGUUCAAUGGCAGGCAGGAGUGAAUCCAUGAUCAAGGAGGGAGUAAGAAAGCUUCCUUCCCCAAUAAUAGUCAACUUACGUCAAUACUUGGUUGAUGAAGCAAUCAAUGAGAAGAAACAAAAUCUCUAUUUGCAAUUCUACUUGAAUUGCGGCUCUGAAGUGUUUUGCUUGCUGAAACACAAGCAAAUCAAAGUUAAGAGUGGAGAAUACUCCUAUCAUGUUGAAGAGCAAUUGGGAAAGAUUGAGAGAAACGAGAAGAAACCAACCAAACCAAACUUUAGACUAGGAGUACUUGUCUCGACCAAAUAUCUUGUGUUAGACACCUUGAAUUUCACAAGAAAGUUUAACAAGUACAGAAGCAGAAAAGUGGAAAAGGAAGAUGGCACAAUUUUGUGUUGGGUAGAGAGUAACUCAUUCCAAAGUGCAACAAGAGAUGAAAUAUGUAAACCAAAGAGUGGAACCAAACAUUCUCUUGAAUCAUCAAGUAACUCUGAUGAUCUCUUUGAGCAAGUCAAGCAGAUAAAGCUUGAAUUCGAACAAACAUUAGAGAAGCAGAUGAGAUUGAAGAAUGAAUUGGAAGAAAAACUUUCUCUCCUCAUUGAAAUGAUGAAAGAUUCGAAUAGCAAUGACUCUCCAAUUAUAAUGAACACACCAGUUGCACAUUUUCAUGUUGAAAGCGUGUCGAGCUCACCUGCAACUACCACCACAACAACUGUUGAGACUCCACUCUCUAUGGAAGAAAUCUUUGGACUCACUGAUACACCGACAUUCCACUAUUUUCAAACACCUCACCAACAACAGUCAAGCCAAAUGGAACAAGUGCCAACCAUCAUGCAUGGUGUGCCAUAUGUUUUCUCAAAUGAACUAUAG